ACUACAAGUGAAUGGGAUUAAAACACUACAUCUCCCAGAAUCCCUCAGCUUUUCCGACCGCCUCUAAAUCCGCAAUCUCAUUCAGUAGCUCAGCGUCCACGACGAGGACAGCAGUAUCUACCUCCGAGAAACACAACAACAACAAAACAACAACAUGUUGGAGAGACUCCUGAUGCGGUGACAACUGGUGACAAAAAGCCUUUCAGAGUGAUGACAUUUGGUACCUUUUUAAAGCGGACGUGUUUAGUAGCCUACGAUACGCCGAGGUCAAAAACAGCCGAAGUAUGGACGCUGCUUUAGAUACGUUUUAAAGAGGACAAUUGGCAUGUGGCAAAUUUUCUUCUUUAUUUGCCCAAAUAUCUUUGUGUGUAGAUCAUGCGUGGAGAUUCGUUGAUUCGGAGACGUUUGUGCUGUCGAGGCUGUAAAUCGCUUUCCUGCCUUGUGCACUUUCUUCAGCUUGUACAUCCUGCACCUGAAUCACGCCUUUGAUUAUUCAGGAUCCGAGUUUGUUUUAAAAUGACUUCCUCUGAUAACGGCGAGACCGGGUGUGACGUAUCAGAGCCUAGUGAAGUCACCAAUCUUCAAGGACGAUGUGGCGACUCUGGGAGUUCCUACAAAUCCAAAAGUUUACCGGUCCUGAACGGAGGCUGUCCUGCAGCCGACAAGGCUUUGGAGCCGAUGCUUCCGUCUACGUUAACUUCGAUCCAUACAGACCGACUUGUAUUCAGCGGUGUGCAGAGGAAAAGUGGCUCCAGCCAGCUGGACUCUCCAUCUCAAACAGACUUCUCACCGUCCAGCAUGUCCAGCAUGGUGGGUCUGAGCGGCUCUAUGAGACCUGAUGGAAGCAGGGCUGGGGGCAAAAACAAAGGAUUCUCUUUAUCAAGGAUUGUGGGCUUCCCAGUGAGGAAGUAUGUCAGGGUGAUUCUAGCAGACUCGAGGUGUUUCCUGUUCUGUAUGUGCUACCUGACGUUCAUCCAGUCGCUGAUGGUCUCAGGUUAUCUGAGCAGUGUGAUUACCACCAUCGAGAAGCGGUACAGCCUGAGGAGCUCCGAGUCAGGGCUGUUAGUGAGCUGCUUCGAUAUCGGAAGCCUGCUUGUCGUGGUCUUCAUCAGCUACUUCGGGGGACGUGGGCAAAGGCCGCGCUGGCUGGCCGUUGGUGGGGUUUUCAUAGCCGUUGGGGCAGCUCUGUUCUCUCUUCCUCACUUCAUCUCACCGCCGUAUCAGAUCCAGGAAGUGAACUCGUCUACAGGAAACGAGGGCCUCUGCUUGAACGGGAAUGCCAGCAGCAGAGACGGCUUGGGCGUCGCAUCGUGCCCACGGGACCAGGAGGGCAAGGAGCAUUCUGUCUAUGUAGCACUUUUCAUCUGCGCCCAGAUUCUUGUGGGAAUGGGAUCCACACCUAUCUACACUCUCGGCCCGACCUACCUGGAUGACAACGUGAAGAAGGAGAACGCCUCGCUUUACCUAGCUAUCAUGUACGUGAUGGGCGCUCUGGGUCCUGCAGCCGGGUAUCUCCUAGGAGGUGUCCUCAUCGGCUUUUACGUGGAUCCCAAAACCAUAGUUAAUAUUGAUCAAAAUGACCCUCACUUUGUAGGCAACUGGUGGAGUGGCUUUUUGCUCUGUGCCAUCGCCAUGCUGUUGGUCAUUUUCCCCAUGUUCGCGUUCCCCAAGAAACUUCCCCCUCGCCACAAAAAGAAGAAAAAGAAAAAGCUCGGCCCUGACGAUGACACGACCAGCGAGGAUGACGUCAUGAAGGAGAAAUCCAACAGCAAAAGUCAAACGGUGACCUCUUCCAUGGGCUUCGGGAAGGACAUCAAAGAGCUCCCCAAGGCGGCCGUGAGGAUCCUGAGCAACAUGACCUUCCUGUUCGUCAGUCUGUCCUACACGGCCGAGAGCGCCAUCGUCACCGCUUUCAUCACCUUUAUCCCCAAGUUCAUCGAGUCGCAGUUCGGGAUCCCGGCCUCCAACGCCAGCAUCUACACAGGUGUGAUUAUCGUACCCAGUGCUGGCGUGGGUAUCGUGCUGGGCGGCUACAUCAUCAAGAAACUGAAGCUCGGGGCUCGUGAGUCGGCCAAGCUGGCGAUGAUCUGCAGCGGCGUGUCACUGCUGUGCUUUUCCACUCUCUUUAUUGUGGGCUGCGAGAGCAUCAAUCUGGGGGGCAUCAACAUCCCAUAUACUACAGGGCCGACUCUGACGCUGACUCACAGGAACCUGACGGGCAGCUGCAACGUGAACUGUGGCUGUAAGAUAAACGAGUACGCGCCGGUCUGUGGCUCUGACGGCAUCACCUACUUUAACCCCUGCCUGGCAGGCUGCGGCGCCGUGGGCAACGACAGCACAGGGCAGAUCAGAAACUACACAGACUGUGCGUGUGUACAGAGCAGGCAGGUCAUCACUCCUUCCUCCGGUGGCCAAGGCAGUCAGCUCCAGCUGGUCAUUGUGAAGACUUACCUGAACGAGAACGGUUUCGCCGUGUCUGGGAAGUGCGACCGCACCUGCAACACGCUCAUCCCCUUCCUCAUCUUCCUCUUCAUCGUCACUCUCAUCACUGCCUGCGCGCAGCCGUCUGUCAUCAUCGUCACUCUCAGGUCAGUAGAGGAGCAGGAGAGGCCGUUCGCUUUAGGAAUGCAGUUCGUGUUGCUGAGAACGCUCGCCUACAUACCAACCCCCAUCUACUUUGGCGCUGUGAUCGACACUACAUGCAUGCUGUGGCAGCAGGACUGCGGCGUGCACGGCUCGUGCUAUGAAUACGAUGUCACCUCCUUCCGCUUCGUCUACUUCGGCCUGGCCGCCAGCCUCAAGUUUGUUGGGUUCGUCUUCAUCUUCCUCACCUGGUACUCCAUCAAAUGCAAGGAGGAUCGGAUGGAGCUCCGGCGCCCGAGCCUGCCUACGCUGGGCACAGUGAGCGAGUUAGUGUGUCAGGCAGGAGGCCGCAAGUGUCACGCACGUACCCGCUCGUGCCCGGCGUUUACGCUCGAUCCAACACCACUUCAUCAUGGCCACAGCAGCCAAAGCUGCCCGGGAAAUGCACUCAAAGCAAUAACACCCCCGGUGCGCCCCAUGCAGAAGGCCCACGCCCACCUCCAUGCCUGAGGUCUAACGCCAUCCUCUCCUCGUGCCUUCCUCGAUUGGGUGCAAACCUUUUCAAAGUUCAGCUGAGGCCCUGCUGAGUAUUACAGCUGUUCUCAUCAGCACAUAUCUUCAAAACAAAAGAAAAGUACUCGAUAAUGUGUGCAUCGUACAUUGUAAUAGACAUCAUAUGGUGCUAAGUGGGUUUGGGGAAGGGGCGGGGGGUCAUUUCUGUUCUUCAGUAUCAUGUCUUGGAUCUCAAGAUGACUAUCAAAACUUCACCACAAGCACAAAUGGGAAACCGUUCUAUGCAAGCUCCGCCCCCUGCCCCUCCGCCCCUGCCCCUCUGCCCCUAUGCGUAAUACUUUCUAACGUGUAUCUCUGAAUUUAGCCCACAUUCAAUACCAGAGGCCACUCUCUCUCUCUCUCUCUCUCUCUCUCUCUCACACACACACACAAAUCUCGAUUUAAAGUUUGCUUCGGACGUUUGGCCAGUAUGGAAAGAGAAGGUGGCUGUCAGGUUGCCGGAAUUUUGCCGGUUGCAGGGUUCAGCACCGUGUCCCGUUAAAGGAUCGGGGGGCCAAUUCAAUUACAUCACAAGAGAACUCUUAUCAUUCCUCAGUCAUCCCCAUGUGAUCAGUAUAGGUAGGACUCCAGAUUAAGAUUAAAGUCUAACACUAAGCAGAUGGAGAAAAUGCAGGAAACUAAACAUCCUUUGAGCUUAGUGUUAUGCGCUGCUCGAUUCCUCUGGUUCUUUUAUAAUAUCUGAUCUGAGGCACAUGGUUCAAUCCCAGCAGGCCUGGCCAUUGCUCUCACGCUGCUGCUGACAGAAAUCAGCCUGAGCACUUCAGCGCUUUAGCAAUAGUGUUACGAACCCGGCGGCAGAACCUGCAGACUAUUUUAAUACUAACCUCAGAAGGUUACCGGCGUCACCAAAUCGGGCGAUUAGAUGUAGAUGUAUAUUUGCAGUUAUCAUCCUGUUAGAAAUAGUCUCUGAGAUGAUCAUUUCCUGAUGCCAAUAUGCUAAUCUCUAUAACAAUCCAACAGGUAUUACACGACACACAAACGCCUACGAAGAAUAUAAACCUCUGUCCUCUGAUGCUGCAUCAUUUUGCAUAGUAUAGUGUAGUCCAUCAGGCAUUUAGGACGGGAAUCGCAGCAUGCUGGGAACAAAACCCGUCUGAAUAUAAAUCUAAAUUUCAUCCAUUAAAAAAGGAAAAUUCAAACUCUGUCUAUAUACAGUAUAGAAUUGUUUUACUACCAAGAAUGAAUGAAUUCACAUUUUAGCUCGGGCUACUGCGUUUUUAUGAAACUAUUAAAAAGUAUAAUGUCAUGAAGACUUUUAAAAAAUGAAAAAAGAAAGAAAAAAAAACAAACUCCAACGAUAGCAUUAUUAAGUUUGAACCUUGGUCUUCAGUCUGUGCCGGAGAUAUUUGUAACACAAGAUACAAAACACAACCUCAGAAUAUUUCACUGUAUAAUGAACAUGAAUCAAAUGAGAAAUCUGUGACAGACAUUUUUCUUUUCCUUUUUUUCCCACCCAAUAAGUGUUUUCACCUAUAGGCCGUUUUAUAACGACGCGGUCAUGAUGUAUCUGGGCAGCGCUGCAGAUUUGUUGGUUAUCUACUUUAGGCUCCAAGGAUUUGAAAUAAAAAUGUUGCUCAAUGUAGCUUUGAUACAAAGACUCGUAUGAAGAUGUGAACCGUUCACAGGACACGAUCCAUCCCUUCGUAUUCGAUGUGUAGAAAACCCAAAUAAAUAAACAACUUAUUCUGAGUACUUAUUCUUGGUGAAGAAGUACUCAUGGACUACGCUGUGAAGAGGAAACACUGCUACUGAACUUUGGGAUGUUAAAUAGACAAAGCAGGGUCACAGGUCAUCUCCACAACCAAGCCUCUUCACCCUCAGUGCUGUCAGCAUGUGUGAUGAUCAUUGUGAAGCCCUUAAUCUGCCCAUGUGGAUUACUUCAGGUACAUAUUUACUUUUUUUUGGGGGGAAGGUCAUUUUUUUUUUUUUCCAGCAUAUUAUCGACAUGUAUUUCUUGAAAUAAAACAACAAAGCUGUAAUGGAAAGGUUAAGCUACUGCUCUGCGUUCCUCAGGAACAGAAGUGAAUACAUCAUGAACACUUUUGUUUACAGAUAACUUGAAUACUUGAUAAAUGACAUUAAAAACGAGGAGACGAACAUAAUUGUGUCUAUUUUGUGUCUGGUAGUCGAAUAAAUAUUUCACUGUAAGGAGAGAUGCACUUGAGGCCAAGCUGUUAAAGCAAGAUGAUCCACAACAGAGGGGUUGAGCAUCAAUACUGCUAUAGAUCCAUCCAAGUACUUAAUGGAACUGAGUCUCUGCCGCCACCUACCGGUGUGUACAAGUAAAAUCACGCAUAAAAGUGUUUUCUCAUCCUUUUCUGUUUAAUGCAGGUAAGUAACUGAUUGUUUGUGUUUUUUUGCUAUAUUAAUAUUAUACGAGGAAGAAAAGAAAAGGAACAGAAACGCCUCUGAUAUUCAAUAACCAUAACUGUAAACAUGAAAUAUGUGAGAUUUGUUUAAUACAUAAAACAUUGCUCUUAAUGGUUUAGCUCCCAUGUAUCUAACCAGUCUUCUAACACAUUACAAUCCUUCACCCUCUCUGAGAUCACAAAACUCAGGACUUCUGCUAGUUCCCGGGAUACCAAAGUCUACUAAAGGCGGUAGAGUGUCUUCUUAUUUAGCUCCCAAACUUUGGAAUAGUUUCCAAAUAUUUCCAAGUUUAAAUGUACAUUAAAACUCAUCUCUUUAGUCAGGUGUCCACAUAAUACAUCCCAUAAUAGGGUGCUCUAAUAUAUCUGACCAAAUGCACAUUAUCAUCUAGUGCUUGUUAAUAUUAUGAACAGCAGCUACGUUAAUCCCUCUCCACUGCUUCUCUCUUUCUUCCCAUCCCGAGGCAUCCAGACAUUGUACCAGCUCCGACUGUCUUCUGUGCGAUGAAGAUUUUGGACCUCCACCGAGACGAGGCCGAUUCUGUGAGGAUCCCGAGACAUCUAGAGAUGUUCCAGCUCCAGUUGGAUUCCGCUAUACUAAAGAGGAGAUGUGAACUCCAUGUGGUCUUUUGCAUGAAUACAACAUUUAUCAGACUGUAUAUUUAUAAUCACACCCUCCAGUGUCACGCAUAUGAUGAUGAGGUUCCACUUUGAGUCUGGUUCCUCUCAAGGUUCCUUCCUUUACCAUUCAAGGGAGUUUUUCCUCCCACAGCCACCUGAGUCACCUUAGACUUGCUCAUUGGGGAUAAAUACAUAUACAUUUAAAUAUAUCUAAUAUUAGUCUUGAAUUUUUUUAUUAUAUUAAUUUUUUAAUAACCUUUUGUUCUAUGUUUAUGUUCCGUAAAGCUGCUUUGAGACCAUGUCAGUUGUAAAAAGCGCAAUACAAAUAAAUUUGUAUUGAACUGAAAAAAAUAAAUAAAUAAGAGGUCUGCUUCAUUACACCACCCUGUUGUCGGUGAUGCUCUUAUUACAUCAUGACCCAAAGUGCACAUAAAUGUGUGUGUGUGUGUGUGUGUGUGAUGGAAGUUAGCAGAAAAUCCAGACAAAAAAAAGCAUGUAAGAAAAAGCUGAACUUUUAUUUUGAAAUGACAAACUACUGUCCAAUGACUUGAAUGAAAUGAACAGCUUUUACCUGUUGAGCGUGAAAAUAUCUGUGUAAAAAAAAAAAAAAAAAAAAGCAGCUCGGUUUGCUCUGUAGUACCACUUAAGCUGAAAAAUAUGUACAACAUAAAUGACGAAAUCGAGAAACACUUUCAAAAGCAUUGUAGAUCAAAA